AUGCGUGAAAAUACAACGAAAUAUCGUAACGUACACUACAAAUCGGACACCGAAUACGUGUACCACGUAGCAAAAACGUUGUUGAUGGUGAUCGGAAUCUGGCCUAAAGAGGAUACGUUCUCGAAUAACAUUAAAAUGUACAUCCAAGCGGCAAUCGUCUUUUUCCUCAUGUGUUUCCUAUUGAUACCGCAUGUGAUUUACACGUACUUCGACUGCGAAAACUUGACCAAGUACAUGAAAGUGAUCGCCGCGCAGGUUUUUAGCCUUUUGGCGAUCAUCAAGUUUUGGACGGUGAUUAUCAAGAGAAAGGAAAUCCGAGUUUGCUUGAACGAGAUCGAAGUACAGUACAGGGACGUGGAAUGCGAGGAGGAUCGGCUGAUAAUGACGAAUUGUGCAAAGAUCGGCCGAUUUUUCACCACGGUGUACUUGGGGCUUACUUACUCCGGUGCUCUUCCCUAUCACCUUAUUUUACCUCUGAUAUCGGAGAGAAUCGUGAAAGAGGAUAACACCACUCAGAUACCUCUGCCUUACUUGAGCGACUACGUUUUCUUCGUGAUCGAGGACUCGCCGAUCUACGAGAUGACGUUCGUCUUGCAAAUGUUCAUCAGUACCAUUAUACUGUCUACGAAUUGUGGCAUCUAUAGCUUGAUCCCGUCUAUCACGAUGCACGGCUGCAGCCUAUUCCAGGUGACCAAUAGAAGAAUCGAGGCGCUUUGUAAAUGGAAUGAACAGGAUUUACGUGACCGCGUUGUCGAUAUCGUUCAGUACCACCUGAGAGCAAUUGAAUACUCUGCGUUGAUUGGGAAAUGCCUUAGCUUCGUAUUUCUAUCGGAGAUGGUCGGCUGUACCAUUAUAGUAUGCUUUCUAGAAUUCGGUGUGAUUAUGGAACUGGAAGAUCAGAAAACGUUGAGCAUGUUAACAUAUUUUAUACUAGUGACAUCGAUCUUCGUAAAUGUGUUUAUAAUAUCGUUCAUCGGCGAUCGUCUCAGACAAGAGAGCGAAAGAAUAGCAGAAACGUCGUACUUUUUACCAUGGUACGAUUUUCCAGAGGACGUAGCGAAGAAUGUAAAGACGAUCAUUCUCAGAACUUAUCUACCGUCGUGUUUGUCUGGCGCUAAGAUAUUGAAUCUCUCGCUGCAAGCAUUUUGCGACGUCUGUAAAACUUCAGCAGCUUAUUUCAAUUUUCUACGAGCAAUGACAACAUGAGGAUCCCGCAAAUUUCAAAAUUCCAAAGGUGUUUAACAACGUGUCCGUAAAUAAUCGAAUUAAAUAUAAAUCUUAACAUAGUGCACACAAAAAUGUUUCAAGAGGG